AUGGAGGAGGACAUUAAAGAAUCCUUCAUAUUCUACUCAACAGCAAAGGAUCUUUGGAAUGCGCUCACUAUGGUUUUUUCUGAUUUUGAUAACUCGGCUCAAUUGUUUGAAUUACGCAAUAAGGCACAUUCCUUACGACAAGGUGAAUCCGAUGUCACCCAAUACUACAGCUCAUUACGUAGGUUGUGGGCUGAACUUGAUUUAUGUCUCAAUCUCGAAUGGGAGAACUCGAAGGAUGCUGAACGCUUCCGCAAACAUGUCGAGAAGGAACGAAUUUAUGAUUUUCUUGCAGGUAUUCGUCCGGAAUUAGAUGAUGUGCGUGGCCGCUUACUUGCCACAAAGCCAAUCCCAGCCAUUGACGAAAUCUUCGCAGAAGUUCGCUGGGAGUCAAGCCGUAAACGUGUGAUGAUGGGUGAUACACAUACAAAACCUUUGUCCCUCUCACUGGAAUCAUCAGCUCUGGCGGCACGAGGUCCACCACCACCUUCAUCCCGAUCUACUCGUCGGAACAACCUAUGGUUUGAUAGUUCAAUGGAAGUCUAUUGUGACAACAAGGCUGCAAUUGCUAUUGCACACAAUCCAGUGCAUCAUGAUCGUACUAAACAUGUUGAGGUUGACAAGCAUUUUAUCAAGGAGAAGAUUGAAGAGAAAAUUAUAAAUCUGAUGUAUGUUCCAUCAUCAGAUCAAGUUGCAGAUAUCCUAACAAAAGGACUCUUGAGACCCGUAUUUGAAAGSUUGUUGAUCAAGCUGAAACUGUUCAAUCUGUAUAGUCCAGCUUGA